CUUUAUGUCUAAAGCUGAUUUUGAUUUAUGCGAACGACAGUAUCAGUGCGAAUACUGUCUAAAAUCGUUCUAUCGACUAGAGCAUAAAGUACGCCAUGUUCGAACACAUACAGGAGAAAAACCGCAUCAGUGUACUUUCCCCCAAUGUGACAAGAGAUUCUCCCGUUCAGAUGAACUAAGUCGACAUUAUCGUAUACAUACUUCACCCCCCACAAUCUUACUUCAAAGACGUCGAAAAAUUCGUCGAUUGAGCUCAAAUAAAUGCCGAUCUAUGGAUGAUGAAGAGGCUUAUUUGAAGCAACAACAGCAUUGUUCCAUUCUUCGUUUUUUACCUUCUUCAAGUGAACAAGGCACACAGAUAAUGACUAGGAAUCGAAGUAGUCCUUACCGACAAUCUACCAACGCCACUCUUCAUCACUGUCCUGCAGUCAAUUGCUCUAAAUCCUUUUGGAGAAAAGGACAAUUGAUUCGUCAUUUUCAAAAGCAUCAUCCAGAUCAUCACGAAGAACAACAACCACCGUCACCCUCCAGCAGUAGUCAAAGCUCAGACGAUAAUUCAGCAUCUUGGUCGCCAUUGGAAAUGCAUGUUUAUUUACCCCCUCUGGAUACAAAGUUAACACAACCUGUCAUGUGGGAUAAUCAACCCUGUCGGUUACCUUCCAUCAAAGACUUACUGCAGUCCGAAAAUGCAUUUUUUUAGCUCCCUUUUGUGUGUAAAGUAAAUUUCGCCUUAUAACAUCCCUUUUUUAUAUACAUGUAAAUACAACAAUGAAUUCUUGUUUAUACAAUGAUUCUAGCCUUUAUGUAAACCCCCU